AUGAGACCCUAGAAAGAAUCUGAGGAAAAAUCACAAACUAUCAGUGUGGCUAUAAGAAUGAGACCCCUUUUUCAAGAAGAAAGACCUGGUAACUGGAAAGUCGAUGAAAACAAUAGUCUUCUAUAUCUUUCUUAAAAACAAUUUCCUUUCAGCAAGCUUUAUCUCUAAAGUUCUUCAAAUAGUGAUGUUUAUAACGAAUCUUGCAAGCCUAUUAUUCAAAAAAUAAUUUAAGGUCAAAAUGGAAAAAAGAAUGUUCAUGAGCACAUAGCUAGAUCUCAUUUUAUUUACAGGUUGACAAUAGAAAAUUACUAAAAAGCUAAGAAUAUUUUUGGAUACAAACAAAAAUCAGUUUUAACAUUUUUAGAUCUUGCUAAUUCAGAUCCUUAAAUAAAUGAGAAUACUUAAUUAAAUUUUCCCUUAGAUGAAAUUGUUAGGAAAAUACUUGAUUAAAAUACAGCUGAUAGCUAUUAUUUAAGUAAUAGAGAGGCCUUCUACUUAAGAUCAGCGCUUGGUUAAUCUGAUUUAGCAACUAUAAUUUGCACAAUGAGUCCAAGCGAAGACUCUGUUGAUAAAAGCAUUUAGAUUCUAAAUUUCGCAUCUUGUAUUCAAGAUUCAGAAAAUAUCAAAUCUCCAAACCCAAAUAAUCAUCAUCAGAAAAAACCUGAUAAAGUAAAGGCUAAAUCACAAUAAAAUUCCCCUAAAAAAGACUCUAAUGAAUUAAAACCAGCUUUAAAAAAAACUUUUUAAAAUACAGAUAGUUAAACUGAUAUUAUCUAGGAAAUUAUUAGAAUAGUGGCAGAUAAAAAUGAUCUAUCUGAUUAAAUAAGAUAGGAAACUAAAAACUUGAUAUCUUAAGAAUUCGACAAGUUCUAAGAAUAAUCCAAGAGUAAAGUUUGCAGAUGUAGAAGUGACCUCUUAAAUUCAAUCUGA